AUGAUGAUGCGGGGUGCUUAUAAUUUCCCACCCGUUCAACCUCAACCGAUCCCCACACCACCCGUUCAACCUCAACCGAUCCCGACGCAACCAUUUCAACAAUCCGAACCCGAAGACGAUGUGGAGGUUGUUCCCGAAACCCAACCGCCUAAAGGAAAAGAAAAACGAAACAAAGGUAAUAACCAAUCGGGUGAGGGGUUUUGGUCCAAGGUAUUGGCGAAGUUCCUCGUCCUUAUGGACCAAGGCCCGUAUCGAGAUAUCGACUCGGUCUCCUCAAAGUGGCGGAAAAUGAACUCGUCCAUCAAUAGGUUUUGCGAGGAAUAUAAUAAAUUAUAUAUAAGUGACCGUCGUAGCGGGUGGAGCGACGACUAUGUGUUCAAAAAAGCGUUGGACAAGUAUAAGCAAAACAAUGAGGAGUACGCCGUACAUGAACCGGAGCGUCCACCGGGCCGAGACAAAUCAAAGAAGGAGCGGGCCAAGGGGAAAGAAAAGGAAAAGAUGGACCCGAACAUGGUUGAGUUUAUGGAACACUUAAAAAUGUACAACGACGUCUCGGCCCAAAAGACGAAAGCGAAGGAGCGGGCCGUCGAAGAAAAAAGUCGUGUAGCAGAAGAAAAGUUACGCGAGAAGGUCCGAUUGUCGAAUGAGAAAAUCCGAUUUUCUGAUGAAAAAAAUCGGCUCAAGGAAUGGGAAAUAAUAUCGAUGAAUGUCGAGGACGAACCCGAGCCGAAACGUUCGAUGUUGAAAAAACUACAACACAGACAUCAUGAAAAACAUCAAAUUAUUUAA